CAGAUACAGUAUGACACCUACAUUUUACCAGAGACAGAGAGAGAAACAAAGAGUCAUUUCUAAAAGAUUAUGAAGCUCCAUGAUGAGCGUAUAAUGGAUGAAGCUUGUGAAACGCCCUCUGUUAAAGAACUGGAGAAAAUACUGUUUGGAGGGAAGAGAAGUGGAAAUCAUGUGGAUGAAGUUUGGCCCAACAUGCUCCUGGGUGACAUGUCUGUAGCCAACGAUCGGUUCAUUCUGUGGAAGCUGGGCAUCACUCACGUCCUGAACGCCGCUCAUGGAAAGAUGCACUGUCUGGGCAGUCAUGAGUUUUAUGGGUCAACAGUGGAGUACUACGGAGUCCCAGCAGAUGAUUCCCCAUCGUUCAACUUGUCUGUUUAUUUUCAUCCUUGUGCUGAUUACAUUCAGGAGGUGCUCAGUUCUCCGGGAGCACGGAUCUUGGUUCAUUGUGCGGUGGGAGUGAGUCGUUCUGCGUCUCUGGUGUUGGCUUAUCUCAUGAUACACCAGCGUCAUUCCUUACUGGAUGCUAUUAAAACUGUCAAACAGCACCGCUGGAUCUUCCCAAACCGAGGGUUUCUCAAACAGCUACGGGCUCUUGAUGCGACUCUACACUGGUCUGGUUAAACACACGUGACAAACGCAGACAUUCCAGCAUCAUCGGCCUGAACUCUUUAAAUGCAUCAGGAAUUUGUUACCGUUGUUUUUUGAAAGGAAGUUCGCACUGAUUCUCAUGAUCUCACACUAUUUUAAGGCAGAUACUAGCUUAAAGCUCUUAUAGUCUAAACACUUUAUAGGUUUACAUUUGUACUCUGAAUGUAAAGUGUCAUUUUAAUGUUCAUUUUAAUAUAAAAUUAGUAAUUUAACUGAAAAACUAUGUGAAAAUGCUACUGUAAAACCUGUUAGUUAUUUUACAACAGAUGGUGGCAAAUUAUAUUAAGAGAAUAAUAUACAUAAAACAAUAAAUGCAUCUUCACUGUGUGUGUGUGUGUGUGUGUGUGUGUGUGUGUGUGUGUGUGUGUGUGUGUGUAUACAUUAUAAAAAUAUAAUACUAUCUAUCUAUCUGUCUAUCUAUCUGUCUAUCUAUCUGUCUGUCUAUCUGUCAAUCAGUCCGUCAUCUAUUUGUCUGUCAUCUGUCUGUCUGUCUGUCAUCUGUCUGUCUGUCUGUCUGUCAAUCUAUCUAUCUGUCUAUCUAUCUGCCUGGCUGUCUGUCAUCUGUCUGUCUGUCUGUAAUUUAUCUGUCUGUCUGUCAUUUAUACAUCUGUCUGUCUGUCAUCGAUCUGUCUGUCUGUCAUCUGUCUGUCUGUCUGCCAUUUAUCUAUCCAUCAUCUAUUUAUCUGUCUGUCUGUCAUCUAUCUAUCUAUCUGUCUGUCAUUUAUCUUUUUGUCUGUCUGUCAUGUAUCUAUCUGUCUGUCUGUCAUGUAUCUAUUUGUCUGUCUGUCAUUUAUCUAUUUGUCUGUCUGUCAUUUAUCUAUCUGUCUGUCUGUCAUUUAUCUGUCUGUCUGUCUGUCAUUUAUCUAUCUGUCUG